AUGGGACAAGGCCUCACAUGUGGAGCAACGCUUGGCGUUGGGCUGUCGCUUAGCGUAAUACCUGCCCGGCUUUCAGUGACCGAUCAUUUGGGUAUCUGCGCUGCUGUGGCUGGAUGCGGGCUUUGUGUGGAUUUCGUUAGUGACUGCUGCGCCAAGGAGGGGCGAGUCAUCAUUCACCGCGAUGUUCUUCUUCAGGCGCAGGAUGUGCUGAGACACGUGUCUACAUUCUACACAAUGUGUGAUUCCAACCCCAUCGCCCGUUUCUUUCGUCAGAAACACGAGUGGUUGGUUUUGGAGUCUCACGGGCGGCGCUAUUACACCGUUCAGAAGAAUCCUGCAACAGGCGAUGUCUUGAUGGACGUCAGAAAUUCUCUUCGUGCCGCAAAUGACGUGGGGUUGAGCGUCGCUGGGCGCCCCAUACACACGGGAGAAAUUCGUCUGCACCGCGUAGAUUUGGAGUUUGACCUUCCAAACGAUCUUCAGGUUGCCUACAUGAUUGCAUGGCUGCGGAAGGAAGACCCGCGUUGGUCCUUUUCCACGGAGAACUCCAGGCAUUUCACAACGCGUGCUCGGUAUGCAUUGAAUGACUUUUAG